AUGAGCUACUACGGCAGCUACUAUGGGGGCCUGGGCUAUGGCUAUGGCUCUGGUUAUGGCUGUGGAUAUGGCAACUUCCGUGGCCUAGGCUAUGGCUUUGGUGGCUUGGGCUAUAGAGGCCUGGGCUAUGGUGGCUACGGCUAUGGCUGCUAUGGCUUUGGUGGCUUAUGCUAUGGAGGCCUGGGCUAUGGUGGCUAUGGCUACGGCUGCUACGGCCCAUCUUGCUAUGGAAGGUAUUAUUCCUAUGGCUUCUACUGA